UGUGCCUUCGGGUCCAGACAGGUGAAGGAUCCAUCGACGGUGAACAUUCUUGACUCGAUUGCACCGCACUCACGGUUGAAGUUUGUUUUAAAAUGGCGGCGGAAGCGUCGAGACAGGUUUGUCCCGAUAAAUGACCCCACGCUGGUGCCGUUUGUGUACACAAAGCUGCGUUGAGGAGGCACGGAGGUGAUGGUGGUACAACAGUAGGCAUAGCAUCAGCAUGGACCGCCCCGGCCGGCGACUACCUGCCACCCACCUGUAGCAUCAACCCGCAGCAUGGCGAACACGACCCACGGUACCCAGGACCGGAGAGACAGCCGCUGUGGUGUGCCUGGAAGAACAAUAGUGGAGAAUGGCUGUGUAGUGAAAGACCUCCAUGAUCACACCAACCACCAUUGCCAUCAACACAGCGAGCCCGUCUUGCCCAGGUACAAGCCAUCCUGCUCCUCUACCCCCAUCUACUACAGCAGCCCCCAGAAAAGCUACUCAGACCUGAACCAGGACAACCACAGCUUGUCUUCCCAGGACUCAGGUAUCCCAACUUUGGAGAUCAACCAUCCAGAGCCCAUCCUCCAUAGCCACCAACGUCUAGGUGACGGAGGCCUCAUCCUGGACUCCAGUCACGACUCUCCUGCCACUUUACCUUUGGACGACGAUCCUUCUGAUGGCAACACCAUCCGCAAAUCUUCCACCUUCCCUCGCAGCGGGUACGACUCCAUCCGCCUCUUCAGCCCCGCUCACAGAUUAACCGCUACCACGGAGAUAAGUUUUGGGGGCGGAGCCUUAAACCGCAGCGAUGACAUCUCUGUGUGCAGCGUGUCCAGCAUGAGCACCGAGCUAUCGGUCUCUAAUGAAGACAUCCUGGAUUUCACCGUCACUUCUGACUCCAGCGCCAUUGUUACCUUAGAGACCGAUGACAGCGGCACCGCUCACUUCUCUGAUGUGACGCUAUCAUCGUCACCAGGAAACCCCAGAGACUUAUGGAGUCCUGUACGACAGCAUCCAGGGUCAGGUGUCAAGCAACAGGAAGAGGAUGGAAGGCAAAAGAAACUGGGACCUCUGGCGAGCUUAUUCAACAGGAGCCUGUUUGCCAGGAGGGUGAAGGACAGUCGGCCAGGGGUGCAGAUAGACCCAGGGUGGAAGCUGUUUGGGAAAGUUCCACCACGGGAAGGCCCCACUAAGGACCCUAAGAGAAUACAAACGGAAUAUGAAACAAAGAGUGGCAGAGCUGGACCCGGCAACCCGACGUCUCCCAGGCAGAGUGUGAGGAAAAAUCUGGACUUUGAACCCCUCUCCACCACCGCACUUAUACUGGAGGACAGACCUGCUAAUCUGCCUGCCAAGCCAGCUGAGGAGGCACAGAAACACAGACAGCAGUAUGAGGAGAUGGUGGCCCAGGCCAAGAAGAGAGAGUUGAAGGAUGCCCAGAAGAGAAGGAAGCAGCUGGAGGAUCGGUGUAAGCUUGAGGAGAGCAUUGGAACAGCCGCCCAGACCUGGAACCAGGAGAUCUUGCCUAAUUGGAGUACAGUGUGUACAUCUCGACGAGUGAGAGACCUCUGGUGGCAGGGCAUCCCCCCCAGUGUCAGAGGCAAGGUGUGGAGCCUGGCUGUGGGCAACGAGCUCAACAUCACGCAUGAGCUGUAUAACAUCUGUCUGGCCCGGGCAAAAGAGAAGUGGAGGACAACACCAGCACCUUCCUCAGAGACUGACACUGCAGAUGCUGGUUCAUCAGAUCGGGAAUCAAGCCUGGAGCUGAUCAAGCUGGACAUCUCAAGAACCUUCCCCCACCUGUGUAUCUUCCAGCAGGGCGGCCCAUACCAUGAUGUACUACACAGCAUUCUGGGAGCAUACACCUGUUACCGGCCAGAUGUUGGCUACGUGCAGGGAAUGUCGUUUAUCGCAGCAGUGCUGAUCCUGAACCUGGACACAGCCGAUGCCUUUAUAGCUUUUGCCAACCUGCUCAACAAGCCCUGUCAGAUGGCCUUCUUCAGAGUCGACCACAGCCUUAUGUUGACUUACUUUUCAGCAUUUGAAGUGUUCUUUGAAGAAAAUCUACCAAAGCUCUUUGCACAUUUCAAGAAAAACAACUUGACUCCUGAUAUUUAUUUAAUCGACUGGAUCUUCACCCUGUACAGUAAGUCGCUGCCGUUGGACCUGGCGUGUCGGGUGUGGGAUGUGUUCUGCAGAGACGGCGAGGAGUUCUUGUUCCGCACGGCAAUGGGCCUGCUGCGUCUCUACCAGGACAUCCUGACCAGCAUGGACUUCAUCCACAUGGCCCAGUUCCUCACCCGCCUGCCCGACCUCAUCCCCGCGGACCAGCUCUUUCAGCACAUCGCCGCUAUUCACAUGACCAGUCACAACAGGAAGUGGGCGCAGGUCCUGCAGGCGUUACAGAAAGAUCAGGAGCGAGGCAGCCCGGUGCUGAAGCGCUGAGCCUAAGAUCAGAGGAAAGUCAUCCCACACUAAGAGACUCCACUAGGAACAUCUGGACCUUUUGAAAGACCUUUGUUCAACUUCACCGUAACAUACCUGGUUGUAGCCGCUGUAAUAGACCUGAGCCGUGUUACUGCUCAAACUUGAACCAGGACGGGGGUCUGUCAGAGAUGAAGGAGGGUGAAAAGGAACUCUGUCACCCCUCCUCUGUUGACUGAGAAAUGAAGGUGGCAGAGGCUGAAGAAUGUAUCACACACUCGCAUACAGGCUGUCUCAGGUCUCCACUGACCAGAGGAAACCACUGACAUACCAGUUACUACCCAACUGUUCCACUUAGCUUGAAAUCCCCUGCUGUCAACACUCUCGCGAGCUACAAUUCCUCUUUUCUUUUUCCCCCAAUAACAAAAGUCAGGGUAAGUAAUAGUAAUGUCCUGUAAUGACAUCUCCGGGGUCAGAUGUGUGUUGAAAUGUGUUAAGUGGAACAUUGUCUCUCUGUCUCUCUGUGUGUUUUUUGCACCUUUUUUUUCUCAAAACUUCAGUCAUUCCUUCAAUGUCCUCUUGAGUUUGAUUUUGUCUUUUGACCUCGGCGUGCUUUUCAUUUGCGUGUUUUCCAGCCAGUAAAGAUUUAUUUCCUGAACCAUUCCCUGAAGUCAACUCUGAGUUGACUGAGUUGAGCCUUGAAGAGAGUUUUGUGAGUUAAAAUCCACGACCAACACCUGAAGACAAACUUGGUGUCUCUGAGAGCACCGCACUGUUACAUUGAAUGAAAUGUUUUAAUCCUCUACAAAGAGGGCCGUAAGCUGCCUGUAAAAUACAUUUUGCAGUAUGUUUAUGUCGAUGAAACUGGUUAAUGAGGUAAUGUGUUGCUUUUAGACACACACACGACAUAGUGUCAGACGUGGGCUUACCGUGCCCUUAAUAUGUUUGAGGUACAUUUCAGCUCGUUUGAUUUCCUGAUGUCUUGGUGUGAGUGUGAUGUCGUUCAAUGUUGUGUUUAUUUAAUAUUUAUCAAAAGGAUGAUGGGACAUAAACAGAGCUUGUUCCAGUCAAAUAAAGUAACUGUUAGUCGCAGCCCUUCACAGAGAUGUCAACAUAUGCACACAAAGCGUGUUGUUGACGAUCAGGUCCUGGGCACUGCACGGCCUUUGUCGAGUGGCAAACCUGUAGUUUCUGUAGCGAGUUUGUGCUUUAACUGCAGCUAUCUGACCGGUUGUUCACAGUGGCAUGAAAAUAGAUGACUAGUUUUGUUUUUAAUCCCAGAGUGCUGUUAGAAUUUCAGGUUUUUGUUAUUUCCUGUCAAGCAGAACAUACAUGCAUGUUGGUGGUAACACCUGGUCCUCAGGUGUUACUGUGUCAUCUGUCAGGCUUUGUGGCUGCUGUUCUUUGAGGUUGUCAGAGGGUCAGAACUCGAGAUGCUGCAUUCACACUACGGUUAAUGUGUCACUCGUGAGGGAAAUUUCUUACCAGCAUUGUUUUGAUGCACUCACAUAGGCUAGGCAGUGCUAAGUUAAUACACAGCAUUUCUUGAUAAUUAGAUAUGAAGUACCAUCUUACUGUUGAUCCCAUGAAGUAAAGCAGCAGUUUGUUAAGUGUGUUUUUGCCCAAGUUCGGUUGUCAGAUUUUUCUCAGCAAUCUUGAAACAAAACAAACUGCUGAUGGUAUUUUUCAGUGUGAACGCAGCGACAGUCCCGUUAAAGGUUGUGAAGCUGCUGCAUCUGAUGUGUUGUGCUACUGACUUUGUGUGUGAGAUGGAGUUUACUUCCCUUUUGUGCCCUGUAAUAUUAGUGAUAUUAUUAUUAAAAUACAGAAAGCGCCUUUUUAUUUGUAAAUCAUCAUGUCUACUGGUUCACGGCUGCUAGCAGACUCACUGUCUGGGUUUCAGUGUCUGCAUCAGCUCAGCACCAUGCAGCAGACUUUCUGAUCACUCUUCUCGAUGCACUCCUCCCUCCCACAGCCCCCCCACCCCCGGUGUGGUUACACACCAUUGCAAUAAAGCCUUUUGCACAUUGAUUGGAAGCCUUUGAGUUGUGUCUUGCAUCAUCACUUUCUCAUCACUUGCAGGUUUUAAUGGGUUGUCUGUUUUCCAUCCUUUAUUUUUGUGUGUGUGUGUGUGUGUGUGUGUGUGUGUGUGUGUUUUACAUGUUUAUGUGGUUAAGUGGCAUUUCCAGUAUGAGAUCUGUUAGUUACAAAUUGAUUGUAACUACCUUUUAAAGUCUGGCCUGUGGAUGAAUUGACCCUCCCAGCUCUGCCAACACUACCUACUUCUUGCCCUUGUAUCACACUGUAUGAUCCACAGUGGUCGAAAACAAAAUUCAAUCAAACACAAUUUGAAUAAAAAGUGUAGUGAGCUGUUUCCUGAUUAUCUUUUUGAUAUGGAGGAUAUCUGUAAUUUCUUUCUAGUUGUUUUUUGUUGUCUAUUUUCUUUUGUUUUUUCCCUCAAGAGACCUGUGUACUGUUGAGGACUGAUAGACAUAGAUGGAGACAGCAGAGGAUUACCAUGCAGCUGUAUCUAAUUUGAAGUGUGUUUAAACAAUGGUUUUAUUAAAAUAAAGAGCUAUACAUAUUCAACCAUCA